AUGCUACUGGAUAAGAAUCCAGAGAACCCGAUAUAUUUUGGUUGCCAUUUUAAAAAACAUGUUAAACAGGGCUAUAUGAGCGGUGGAGCUGGAUAUGUAUUGAGCCGACAAGCUUUAAAACAAUUUAUAGAGAAUGGUUUGAAAAAAACUACCCAUUGCCAUCCAGGUUUAAAAGGUGACGAAGAUGUGGAGUUAGGAAGGUGCCUUGAGGCAGCACAAGUUAAGGUUGGAGACUCGAGAGAUUCGCAAAAACGUGGAAGAUAUUUUGGGGGAAUGGAAGGAAUAUCUGAUUACGCAGUUUCUUUUCACCAUGUGGAAGUGGUGGACAUGUAUUUUUUUGAAUACUUAAUUUAUCAUUUAAGACCAUUUGGGAUAUACGAUAUACCACAAAAUGUUAGCUAUUAUCUGAACUGA